AGGCUGAACUAUUCCUUAGUCUUUGAAAUGAAGAGUUGUCAACUGGCUUUUUCACAUAGAAAAAACACCCAACUUGAUGACUUUAACGGGGUAGAUAUGCAUGGGGAAGGGCUAUAAAAGAUGAGCAAUCCCAAGUCUUCUCCUCCAGUGGGGCUUGGGGGGAAAAGGGAACCUUUGGCCAUUUUCUGGGAGAGGGAUCCUCCAAGUGGCUCUUUCAUUUGGAAAGAAGCUUCUUCAAUGGAGAUAUCAUCCUUGAGAGGCAUCCCUGAAAUGGGAUUUGAGGAUAUGAGCUUCAUCGAUCAGUGGCAGAUGAACUCAAUCGAUGAACUAAGUAUACUACCCCUAGCAGCUGCCUUUGGAGGACACAUCCAGAGCUCCUUCCCCCAGCCCACUAUCAACUUCAAAGCUUCCAUGGACGAUUCUUACCAUAGGCCAUCGAAGCAGCUCAAGCAGAACAGCUGGGCUUCAUGUAAAACUGAGCAAAUAUCGACUCCCCAAGCUGUUGAUUCUUCGAACAUCGUCUCCUUUGUUAAUUCAAACAUCACAAGCUCGAACUCAAACUUUGGGAGCCAGAAUAGUGGCAUACUGAAACCUAAGGAAGAGGAGGCGGUGUGCUCUAACAGCAUCGAGAAGACCUCUUCCGAUGUCAUGUUCUCCCAAGGUUCUUGUGGGAACCAGAACUUUGUCUUUAAGGCCUGCCAAGGAGGGAAGAGGAUAAGCGUGAACGACAGUAAUAGAUCUUCUCAGACUCAAGAUCACAUCAUGGCAGAAAGGAAGCGCCGGGAGAAACUCAGUCAGCGUUUUAUCGCCCUGUCUGCACUUGUCCCAGACCUCAAAAGGAUGGACAAGGCUUCGGUUCUGGGGGACACAAUCAAGUACUUGAAACAACUGCAAGAGAGAGUUAAUACACUUGAGGAGCAGACAAGGAAGAAGACUACCGAAUCAGUGGUCUUUGUGAAGAAAUCACAGCUCUUUGAUGAUGUAAGAAGUUGUUCCCCGAGUGAGAAUUCUUCAAGUGACCUUUCUCUCAGUGAGGCACUGCCUGAAAUCGAAGCAAGAGUUUCUGCACAAGAUGUCCUGAUAAAGAUUCACUGCGAGAAGAGGAAGGGAGUGGUGGAGAAGAUUGUUGCUGAAGUUGAGAAACUGCACUUGACCGUAACCAAUAUCAGUUCCAUGACGUUUGGGAGUUUCGCCCUCGAUAUAACCAUCAUUUCUCAGAUGAAUCCCGACUUCUCUCUGUCACCAAAAGAUCUUGUGAAGACUCUCCGAUCAGCCCUCAAGUCGUUCAUGUAAUGAGAGAAGCAGGUUCAAUACUCAACAUGCAGAAGAAUAUCCACAUCACUGUCCCCGUUUAAGCCAUCAUCAGGCCUAUCGUUACGUUCAACAAGAACCACAAAGAUCCUAGUAUAAACCAAACACUCGGUACUUCUGUUACUUUUUUGCCUUGUGUCUGUUUCGAGGCCGACUGUUGCUCUUCCCAUUCAAGACCAUCUCACCCACAAUCCUGUUUGCUGCGAGUUCCAUUUUUCGGGUGGGUUUUUUCGAUCGUUCCCGAUCUCCUUUUUUCACAUGAUUAACAUCAUGUUAAUCCACAUGUUUAUCACCCGCCCGUUUAGGACCGAUCUUGCAGCCUUUUAGGGGGUUCUUUGGGGUCUCUUUCUUUAGCCAAAAGAGGUUGAUAGAAGGGACUAGUGUGGUUUUUUUAUGGUGAAUGAGCUCAGCGGCCUUUGUGUACUCUGCCGCUUGGUGUAUUGUCCAGUGAAAGCGUUUUAAGAGGCUCCUUUGACAUUAUUGUUCUUGCUUAAGCCUCUUUUUGCUUGUAUUGUGACAUCCUCAGUGGAAAAAUAAUAAUAAUAAUAAUAAUAAUAAUGGAAUGAGUGGUUCUCUUUCA